AUGUCAAAAGCACACAAUAUCCAACCACAGAUAAGGAAUGAUAGUGCUAAAUAUUUGAAGGGCCAAAGUGGCAUGUCUUUUAAUGAGCAAGGGCUACUGUUGUAUCAGGUCAGGAUUGUUGUGCCCAAGGAGUUAGUAGAUGAGGUUAUGGUUGAGGCCUAUAAGGGUCAAUAUGCUAUCCACCCAGGUGCCACAAAAAUGUAUCAAGAUUUGAAAGAGAAGUUCUGGUGGCCUAGGAUGAAAAGGGAUGUUGAGGGGUAUGUAUCAAGGUGCUUGGCUGGCUACGAUUCAAUUUGGGUGAUUGUGGGUAGACUUACAAAGUCUGAACAUUUUCUGCCAGUGCGAGUGGAUUUCACUACGAAGAGAUUAGAAAAGCUAUAUCUUAAUGAGAUUGUAAGGCUCCACGAGAUUUCAGUUAGUAUUGAGACCACACUGCAAAUUGAAAUGAUCAGAGAAAAACUAAAACAGGCACAGAAUCGACAGAAAAGCUAUUAUGAUAAUAAGCACAGACCGCUAGAGUUUGAAGAAGGUGACCAUGUAUUUGUUCGGUUAUCUCCGGUCACGGGUGCUGGCCGUGCUUUGGGUGUGAGGAAGUUGAGUCCUCGGUUUAUUGGGCCGUAUCAAAUCAUGAAAAGGUUGCAGCGUUAUGUUCUGGAUGAAUCACAUGUGGUGAUACUGGAUGAUAUUGAAAUCCGGGAGAACAUGAAAACUCCCAUUGGUCCCAUUGAAAUACUGGAUCGCAGCGAAAAGAGGCUGAGAAGUAAAAUUAUUCCCAUGUUGAAGAUUCAGUGGGAAGGCCGCACACCUGAGGAGGCUACUUGGGAACGGAAGGAUGAGAUUAUCCGGCUGUAUCCAGAGUUAGCGGACAG